AUCUUUGGAAUUGAAUCCAUUAUGGGGAAUGCCUCCCAAUGGCCCCUCCUGUUAGGUUUCACUCUGCUGCCGGCUAUGCUGCAGUGUGCCCUGCUGCCCCUCUGCCCCGAGAGCCCCCGCUACCUCCUCAUCAACUGCAACGAGGAGAGCAAAGCACACAGCAUCUUGGUGAAGCUGCGGGGCACUGAGGACGUGAGUGAGGACAUGCAAGAGAUGAAGGAGGAGAGCCAGCAGAUGAUGAGGGAGAAGACGGUGACCAUCCCUGAGCUGUUCCGCUCGCCCAUGUACCGCCAGCCCAUCUUUGUUGCCAUCAUGCUGCAGCUCUCCCAGCAGCUGUCUGGAAUCAAUGCUGUGUUUUACUACUCAACUGGGAUCUUUGAGCGAGCAGGAGUGUCCCAGCCCGUCUAUGCAACCAUUGGUGCAGGAGUGGUCAACACUGCCUUCACUGUGGUUUCU